AUGGGCGUGGACGCGGAGGCGCUGGCUCAGCUAGCAGCCACAGGACUUGCAGGAAUAUUUGCAGGUGCGUCGAUGUACAUCAGUGUGGCGCAGCACCCGGCGCUCAUGGAGACGGACGCGCUAGCAUUCCAGGCUCCUUUCUUCCGACGAAUGUACUUCUACGCAGCGCGAAUGCAGGGACCUGUAGCUGUAGGCAGUGGCCUCAGUGCGCUACUUGUAGCUUGGCUGCAGAAGCAGCGUGGACCACACGCAGGCAUGCCGCGGCUCUGGCUUAUUAGCGGAUGUCUUAUCGGUGGAGUCGUACCCUUCACUAUGCUCAAGAUGCUGGCGCUAAACGACAAACUCGUGGACUCGAAGCGUUGCGAGCGAGUGUACUGGCAUUCUCCGGGAUGUUGAUAGCGAUGGCUUGCGGCGGCGACAGGACACCGGCCCUCAAGUCAUG